CCUUCGCACGGGGAACGUGUGUUCCUCUCGAAGAGCCGGGCCACACGCGACUCGCUGAAUCCAGGUCGUUAGAGUGAGUUCUACGUCAGAAACAGUGAAUAAUAGCAAUGAGAACUCAAUAUCAAAUAUGACUGAAUUAUACAUUUCAUUUCGCACGUGUGAAUUACGUCAGAAGUAUAUGGGAGGACAUUGUUAAAAAUAAUCAUCAUACCCAGGUUGGACGAUUACUAUUAUUGACUAGUGACCAAAGCGAAUGACUUCUUUCUUUAUGCAGUAUUACGGAAAAAUAGUGACAACUGCGUCCGCACAGAAGUUAUUGAGUGAAGUGUGUAAGUCGAUGUGCUCUUAUUUUCAACUAAAGCUUCCGUGACAUCUGUGGUUUAUACUUCAGAUUUUCCGAAAAUCUAAUCUGAUUAAGCAUUUUCUAUACUCUUGAAGUUUCCAUGGCUCUCGUUAUAAAUGUGACUAUUUUCUAUGGAUGGUGAUAUGAUUCAUGCAUAACAACCAACUAAUUAUCCGGGUUAGUGAAAAUUCAAAGGAAUGGUGAGAAAAUCUUGGUGUAGCGAGCAUUCCGACAGCCGCUUACCCUCCGUAAAACUAUUACUGUAAAAAGUAACUGGCACAAGUCCCUCCCCGGGGACUGGCGUGAGACUGUGCUAUUGUUCCACUCGUGAGAAACGCACGUAGCGGAAUUGCUAGCACGACUUCCCAUACACUCGGAGACGAUUCGGAGGGCUCGGAUCCCAGCGCAAAGGGACGGGUCCCGCAAAAGGCUGGGAGUCUUCAGCUUAGUGUGAACUGUGCCUGAGCCCUCACGGCCGGAAGUUGCUUUUUUGCUGACGUAAAACAGUUGUCGAUGAAGAAGCUAAAAGUGAGAUUAUUUGAUGAUUAAACUGGUCUGAAAUCCUGUGGAAACUUGAUUGUAAUUUGCAGAAUAGGUGUGCUCUUUGUUCACCUACAUAUUUGUUCUGUGUAGACAAAGUGUGUGUGCACAUGAGUCAUUGUAGGCGCAGUCGUGUGUAGAAACACAGUGAUGCCGGAAUUUCUAUUCACGUGACGGAGUGUACCAGAGUGAUGGCGUCGGUGCGCAAAAGCAGUGUAGCGUUGCUGCUGGUGACACUGCUCCUGAUUGCAGCAGCAACAGUUGUCUCGUCGUGUCCCCCUGUCUGUACUUGCAAAUGGAAGAAUGGCAAACAGGCCGUGGAAUGCAAGAACCAGGGCUUGGCAAGCCUUCCUGCCGAUGUGCACACCGACACACAAGUUCUGGACAUGUCGGGAAACAAUCUACACACCCUUCCGAAGAGUGUGUUUUCGUGGGCGAGUCUCAUUAACCUGCAGAAAAUCUACCUACGAGACUGCAAAAUCAGUUUUGUGGAGCCUACGGCGUUGUUGCAGCUGACGAAUCUGGUUGAGCUGGAUCUAAGCGAAAAUUUACUGACGGAAGUACCUGCACUCGCCUUCUCACACACGCCUGCCCUCAGAGAACUACAUCUUAGGGGCAACAGAAUUCAUAAGAUUUUCAGGGACAGUUUCUCUCACACCCCUUCUCUCGUCCGUCUUGAUCUAAGUUAUGCUGGGGUAAGAAACAUUGCAGCUCAAGCCUUUGACUCUUUAUCACUCCUGGAAAAGUUAAAGCUCCAAGGGAACCAGCUGUCGGAGCUUGCGCCGGAAACCGUGAAGAGUCUAGAGCGUCUGCACGGAAUCGAAUUACACAGUAAUCCCUGGAUGUGUGACUGUCGGGCCCUUCCGCUCUGGCGACUCCUGGAGGAACACGCCGUGCCCCAUCCGGUCUCGCCAUCAUGUCACGCCCCGAGUAGAGUUGCGAGCAACACUUUCCACAGUCUGAGUGAGGAAGACUUCGCCUGCCCUCCACAGAUGCUACCAGUGAGCCGCCGCGUCGAGGGAGUUGCAGGGGAAAACGCGUCUAUUGCUUGUCGAGUUGGGGGUCAACCUCCACCUCAAGUGGUGUGGUACAAAGGUGAAGCUCCUGUGGUGAAUGGUUCUGUGGUAGGACUUGGACCGCAGCGACUCUACAUCAUAACGGAAGGGAAUAGAGAUGUAGUUAGCCGCCUAGUGAUCACGGGGGCACAAGAGAAAGACUCUGGAACACUGCGGUGUGUUGCUAUAAAUUCUGCAGGUUCUGCAAUGGCAAACUUCACUUUAGCAGUGACCAUGAGGGCAGCUGCUCAGGCUAAGCUUGACUCAGGUCACAUAGCUGGAAUAUCUGUAGGGCUGGUGGUGUUAGCGUUGGUUGUGCUUGUAGUAGGAUUUUUGUUCCUUGCCCGGACUAGGUCACACCCCUCCCCAACACCUGUAAAGGAAUCCCCAACCAUACCCACGUCAGGCGGUACAUCACCCAAUGAACCCAACCCUAUACAGAAGCCACCUCGCCUAACAGACCUGAAAGGCUCCCCAGCAACGUAUGGCUCGCCCGUGCUGGGCAAUCCUGACGUGAUCAGCGAAGCGGAGAGAGCUGUUCGUGCUGUCAAUGGUCACCUGCCCAAUGGGUCCGUCCAAAACGUCACGGGGACAGGUGAUUACACCCGCGUGGAAGGAGACUCAUUAUACCCGAGUGGUCUGUGGCCUGAGGAUUCUGCCCACGACGGUGCCGAGGGCGCCGAGAGGUCUAGUGUGAUUCACGAACACUUCAACCCUGGCUAUAUGGUCAAUGAUCUUGGUAGUGAAGGAUAUGGACCUGUGCAUUCUACACCAUACCGACCCGAAUAUGAUGCUCAGGAAGAAUUUGAUCCACAGAUUUAUGGAUAUCCAGCAGACUAUGGUCUUCCUAUCCCUGAGGCUGGUUCCCGGACCCUCCACCCCUUCCAGGACUCCAUGGUAGAUCUGCGAGUAUCACGGGACGACCUCUCCUCCAGAGCAGACAUUUACUCCUCCAGACAGAAUACAUAUAUCACCAGGCCAGACAUUUUUGAAUCUCAGCAAGAUCUCUACAGCACGGGCCACGAUGCCAAAGACACACAAGAUCUUUACUGCAGAACAGGUCGCCCUCCCGUCUACGGGUAUCGGCAGGAAGUCUACGGACCUCGCGAGGAUGUGGCCGAGGGUGCAGAGAGCCCCACGAACGCAUCAGGCCCUCCAGGAGAGCGGCCUUGGAUUCCGGGGUCCCAGGCUCCCCCUCACGCUCGCGGGGGCGUCGCCGUGCUGCCCCCUCUCCCCAAUGGCAUCGCUAACCGCAUCAAGUCCCGGGACUCGCCAGACGAAGGCUACCAGGAGGGCACCGAGGUUUAGCGGGGCCGCAGGGGUCGCCGCCGCGGCGGUCCCUGCUUCCUCCCCCCCACCCCCACCCAUUCACGCCUCUUGCCGCCCAUGCAAUACCGUCGCCGCCUCUCAGCCAAUCAUUCAUAGACUUCCCCGUGAAUUGUGAAAUAUAUCACUGAUAUUUUUGACAGAAAGAAGCUGUUUCUGCUGCUACCUGUUAUUAUGAAAGUUUUGAGACCAAUUAUGGUGUGUGAUGUGCCUCAUAUUGCUGCAGAUAUUACGUAAAAGGGGGUACUGUAUAUAAAUCACGUAGUUCUUGUCUCUGUGUUCUCGCCAAUGAAAGAUGAUUUUGGUGUUCACGCGAUAUUAAAUUUCAUUUAUGUGGCGGUCAAGUAUAGAC